UUUACUAGCUCUCGGCCAACGUCUGGCCCAGUUGCUUGCUUUACUCCCACUUCAUACAUCUUAAUCCGAGCCUGCAAAACAUGGCGGCAUCAAAAGUCGCCGCCGCGCUGAAGCAGCUACUUCCCGCCGAGCUCCCGCCAUCCUUGCAGUCGCGUUCCGGGUCGCUCUAUUCAGUGCUCUCCCGGUACCCCAAGGAUGGUGUUGGUCAGCACGUACACCAAAUAAGAUGGAAUACGAAGGGGAUUGCGGACAGCUACUGGCUGAUCACGCGGACAAAGCUGAAGUUGGAGGGCCAGCACGGAAAGGUAUGGGGUAAGCUGGUUUGGAGAGGCAAAACCAUCAACAUACGGGAAGUACGUAUCCCAGGUGGUCUUAAGUACGACUGGAAGCAAGGCGCGUCACGAGGAAAACCCCAAGGAACACAAGCGGCUGCCACGACGUUGUCAUAAGCGCAAUCCAACCCUAGAACCCAUACACUAUCCUUCCCAAUCUAUACCAAUGCCAAAAAGUGAGAAUGUUUCCCGCAGCGAUAAUGGAAAGGUCUUCCGACUUAGUAGUCGAUAAGAUGUGCUGGUACCAGUGGGCUAUGCACGUUGUUGGCUGGUAUUUUCCUUUACCAUUGUAUCAUGCUUUCUCUCGUUGUACUCGCUUUGCUAUCCAUUGGCAUAAUUAUGCAUUCUCC